GUCACAACUGUCACUGUGUGUGGCUUAAUUUGAUUGGUAGUUUGUUUGGAUUCUGCAGAAAAUUGCAAUAAAAACGUAAAAGCGCCAGGAAAUAAAUAAAUUUGACUGAAAAUUUUAUUGGCAUACAUUUGCCAGUCACUUGGCUCAUCAAUUCCGAGUACAUAAUGUGCGUUUUAAGUUAUGAUCCUUGAUCUAUUGUCCGUUGAAAUAACAGUGAGGUUACGUUAGAAAACCAAUUAGAUUUAUAGUUGUGAUUGCCAGCAGUACAAAGUUAUAAGACAUCAUUCCACGAAACAUGAAGUUGCUGUUGACAAUUUUAUUCGUCAGUUGUUCGUUCCGUUCGAUCCUUUGUUCGAAAAGCCAUCCCAUUACCACUUUACUCAAUGCAAAAUGGUCUGUCACACCAGUUUCACUGGAAGUUGCCGAAUAUUUAUUCGACGAAAAUCCAGCCCUGUUCUGGGAUUACGUGGACCAGUUGAACGGUUUGGAAACGCCGCUCUACAAAAUCGAUGGUGACUCCAAACUGUACAAAUCUGCCAUCAAAGCGGCCGAGAAGCUAAUCGGUCCCACCUAUUUACCGUUGCUGAAACUAUCGUUAUCGAUGCAUACCACAUCACCGCGCAUUCAGGCUCACUUUCAAAUAGCCAACGAUGUUAUUGCACACGGAGAUUGUAACACCGGAACGUUCGUGACGAUUGGCAAUCGGGUGGCAUGCAAUAUGAACGAAUUGAAAAAGGGACUGGAACGCGUUGAGGCGACCAGUGAUAGUGAUGAAGAGAUCUACAGUUUCGAUCACAUUUACCCAGGCAGCGAAAAUAAUUCGGUGACAACCGUUUUGUACAGUCAAAUCGGCACCGAAGACUUCAAACAAUUCCAUGAGUAUCUGAAGAAGGAAGCAAUGAACGGCAAGGUCAAGUACGUGUGCCGACAUUUCGUCAAAAAUCUGACGAAAGAAAAGGUUAGACUGUCUGGCUACGGUGUCGAAUUGCACUUAAAAUCCACCGAGUACAAAAGUCAGGACGAUUCACCUCGGGUGGACGAUGCGACCGAGCAACCAAGUGAUGUUGAUAUGGAAGUUGAUGGGUUUGACUUCAAACGACUUAAGGAACGGUAUGCAUCAUUGGCGCACUCUCUCGAUCGUUUUCGCGUUUCACUUUCCGAAAAGAGUGACGAGAUCGCGCUGCUGAAAGCUUGGGAAUUCCAGGAGUUGGGACUACAAGCAGCCGAAAGAGUAGCUGCUAUCCAAGGCGAAGAGGCAUUGCAAAUUCUUCAGUUUACAUCGCAAAAUUUUCCUACUCAGGCAAAAACUCUGCUACACCAGCAAGUCUCUGAAGAUUUCCGGAAAGAAAUGAAACAUAACAUCGAUGUGCUGGGUCGCACUUUAAAUUUACAGCCACCGGAUGCCGCUCUAUUCAUCAACGGUUUGUUUUUCGAUGCUGAAACGUUGGAAAUCGGUGCGCUGCACGAAACAUUACGCAGCGAGUUGCGAGUAUUGAACGGACUGUACAAUUUGAACAUCGAAGGAAAACUAGCUUCCGACCUACUGGCUCUGGAUCUAUCUUCGUCCGGCGGCAAAGAGUUCGCCAUCGAUAUUCGAGACUCGGCCAUCAUGUGGAUUAACGAUUUGGAAAAUGAUAAGCAGUACAGACGAUGGCCGGACAGUAUAAUGGAUUUGUUGCGACCAUCGUUCCCCGGAAUGUUACGCAACGUGCGCAAAAAUCUGUUCAAUUUGGUGCUGUUGGUGGAUCCAAUCACACCGGAAAGUCGUGGCCUCAUUAAAUUGGCCGAAAGUUUUGUCAUUCACUUGGCGCCAGUGAGAUUGGGUCUAGUUUUCGAUAGUCGGAAUGCGGCUGCCGAUCAGGAAGGAGAUUACAGGAGCAUUCUCUGCGCGUUCAAUUAUGUUACACAGCAGAAAUCAGGUCGCGAUGCACUGGGUUUCUUGACUGACGUUUUUGCUUCCAUCCAAUCGAACGAGGACAUAACCAGCAAAACCGUUCACAGUGAAUUGAAACGAUUGUUCUCCAAGCUGUCCGCCAAAGAGAUCGAUGAUAUUUUGGGCGAAGACUCGGACUUUGAUUAUGGCCGACAGAUAUCAUCCGAAUUCCUAGAUCGUUUGGGCUUCAAAUCGUCGCCACAAGCAUUGAUCAACGGUGUACCACUGCAACAGUCUCAACUGAACACCGACGAUUUUGAGGAGACCAUUUUGACGGAAAUAAUGCAACAAACGCCCAACAUUCAGAAAGCAGUUUACAAAGGCGAUCUAUCGGACAGCGACAAUGUGUUAGACUACUUGAUGGAUAUGCCGCAUAUAAUGCCCAGGCUGAAUCAACGCAUUCUGAAAACGGAGGAGCCAACAUUUUUAGAUGUGUCCGGUAAUGCUCACAAUGAUCUCAGUAACGUGAAGAGUUUGGCUCAACUCUCCCACAGAGACAUGACUGCAACGCUUAUGUCGAACAUAAAGUACUUCUACAGCAAGCACACUCCGGAGAAGUUGAAUGGGAAUUCCGUGUAUUUCUUGACUCUAUGGGUGGUCGGUGAUCUGGAGACUGAAGUCGGAGCUCAAAUGCUUAAAAAUGCUCUGACGUACAUGAAAUCGUCGGGAGGACUUCGUGUCGCUUUCAUUCCGAACACUGAGGGUGCGUCGGUGUCCAGCAAAGACAAUCUGAAUCGUUUGGUUUUGGCCGCAUCGCAAUCGCUCGAUGGUAUCGAAGCCACUAAUGUGGUGCUCAAAUGGUUGGAGAACCGGCAAACCAAAACCAAAGACAUACCAAAGCCAGUCAAGGAUUUACUUUCCGCCACCGAAUUACAUUUGAAAAUGUUGCGCGUUUACUGUGCUCGAGUUCUGAAAUUGAAGACAUCCGAGAAUGCUGUGAUAUCCAAUGGUAAUGUGAUUGGACCGUUGGACGAAAAUGAAGUGUUUACCACCGACGAUUAUGGAUUAAUCGAGCGGUUUGGCAGCCAUUCGUACAGUGACAAAAUCAAGAAAAUGUUACAGACCAGCACCGACGAGGAUUUAAACGUCGACAGUGAUGUCAUUCUGAAAUUGUUCACGAUUCUGGUGCCACGUCAGCAGUCAAGAACACGAUUCGCCAUACCGACUGACCUUCAAGACCAUUACACUGCAGUCAAAUUACCACAUAAGUCGGCCAAUGUUCCGUUCUUCGAGAUAUUCGCUGUGCUCGAUCCUGCAUCUCGAGGUGCUCAAAAGCUGGCUCCAAUUCUGAUUUUGUUGCGUAACAUCGUUAACUGUAAUAUGAGGGUGCUACUAUGUGCCGUGGAUAAGCACAGUGAUAUGCCAGUGAAGAAUUUCUAUCGAUUUGUCAUCGAACCAGAACUUCAAUUUGGUCCAGAUGGUAAAUCCACACCUGGUCCUUAUGCAAAAUUCACUGGACUCCCAGCCGGUCCACUUCUAACACAAAAUCUGCAGGUACCAGAAAAUUGGUUAGUAGAAGUCGUCCGAUCCGUUUACGAUUUGGACAACAUUAAGCUGAUUGACAUCAAUGGUCCGGUACAUAGCGAAUACGAACUGGAACAUCUACUGUUGGAGGGACACUGUUUCGAUUCAACGUCGGGAGCACCACCGCGCGGACUACAGUUCACCUUGGGAACGAAAGAGACGCCAGUGGUGGUCGAUACCAUUGUUAUGGCGAAUUUGGGCUACUUCCAGUUGAAAGCCAAUCCCGGAGCGUGGACGUUGAAAUUGCGAGCAGGAAAAAGUGCCGAAAUUUACGAUGUUACCAGUGCUGAUGGACCGAAUACCAUUCAUGGCACCGAAGAGACAAGAGUCAUUAUCAGUUCGUUACGUUCACAUGUGCUAAAGAUUCGAGUUACAAAGAAACCCGGUCAAAUGAAUGCCGAUCUGUUGAGCGAUGAUAGUGAUGUACAGACUGGAAUAUGGGAUUCCAUAACGAGUUCUUUCGGUGGCAGCUCGGAUCCACAAACGCCUGAGGUGAUAAACAUUUUCUCAGUAGCUUCUGGUCAUUUGUACGAACGUCUUCUCCGGAUAAUGAUGUUGUCAUUGCUCAAGCACACAGCGUCACCGGUCAAAUUUUGGUUCUUGAAAAAUUAUCUUUCGCCGCAAUUCGUUGACUUUCUGCCGCACAUGGCUUCCGAAUACAAUUUCCAGUACGAAUUGGUCCAAUACAAGUGGCCGCGAUGGUUACACCAACAGACCGAGAAGCAGAGGACCAUUUGGGGAUAUAAGAUUCUGUUCCUCGACGUCCUCUUUCCACUGGACGUGAAAAAAAUCAUUUUCGUUGAUGCUGAUGCGAUCGUCCGGGCUGAUAUUAAAGAAUUGAAUGAUCUAGACUUGAAUAAUGCACCGUACGCAUACACUCCGUUCUGCGAUUCCCGUAAGGAGAUGGAAGGAUUUCGGUUUUGGAAACAAGGCUACUGGCGCAACCAUUUGCAGGGCAGAAAGUAUCACAUUUCAGCGUUGUAUGUGGUCGAUUUGAAGAGAUUUAGAAAGGUGGCGGCUGGCGAUCGUUUGCGUGGACAAUAUCAGGCACUCAGCCAAGAUCCGAACAGUUUAUCGAAUUUAGACCAGGAUCUGCCCAACAAUAUGAUCCAUCAAGUUGCCAUAAAAUCGCUUCCACAAGAAUGGUUGUGGUGUCAGACGUGGUGCAAUGACGAAGGCUUAUCAACGGCAAAGACAAUCGAUUUGUGCAACAAUCCGUUGACCAAAGAGGCGAAACUGACGGCCGCACAGAGAAUCGUACCCGAGUGGAAGGACUACGAUCAGGAAAUAAAGAAUUUGUUGAUUAAGGUCGAACUGGGCGAGGUGGAACAUGAGGAGGAGCUGAACGAAACGGCAAAAGAUGGGGCUGAGAAAAAAGAGAUACAUUCUGAAUUGUGAUGACUGUAGGUGUUGUAGGAAAUGUUGUAAAUUUUUUUUAAGAAAUAAAAUCCACCUUUGAAACGAAU